AUGAAUUAACUAUUCACAUUAUUAGAAAAGAAUUUCACUUUACAUUUCAGAUCGAAAUAAUUUUGGAUAAAUCUAUACGUUCCAAUUCUAAGUGUAAUUUUAUCAAUAAUUGUUUCUUACAAAAAUAAUGUAACAUACAUGUUUUUAUUAUUGUUUGUUUGCUUGAAUAAUAAUGGAAUUUUAAGAUAAUCAUUAGUAUUAUUAGUGAGAGAAAAGAGUGAUAAAUUCAAGGAAUUGUAACAAUUAAUGGGAUUAAGUUCAAAUGCUUAUUAUGCAUCAUGGAUAAUAACAUUUUUUGUUUUGACAUUUGUUGUUUCUCUCAUUUAUUUGAUACCAUUUAUAGGAUUUAGAUUAAAUGAAGUGGGAGACGGACAUUUAGGAAUAGGAAUAUUUAUUUUAGGAGAAAUAUUAUAUAAUUUUGCAAUAGCAUCUUUUGUAUUGUUUUUAAGUUCAUUCUCAAAGAAUUCAAAUAAGGCAAGUGAAUUAAUUGGUCUUUUAAAUGUAAUUUUAACAUUUGUUGUGAUUGCUAAUUUUGCUCCAGAACCAAAAUUAACAUUUCUUGGUUAAUUACCUACACUUUUUGUACCAUAAACUGCAUUUUAAAUGUUACUUUUAAGUUCACAUUGGAUAUUUGAUGAUAGAUAAUUAUUUUUAAGUCCUGGAAUAUAUAUAACCUGUUUAAUAUUUUAAAUAAUAGGUUAUACUUUAGGUUUUAUGUAUUUUGAUUAAGUAUUAAGUGGAUCAAAGAAAUUGUUUUUUUUAUGUAAUUAUUGUAAAAAGAAUACUAAAACAUAUAGUGAUUUAGAUGAUGAAUAAAAUACAAAUCCAAAUAAUUAAGAUAUUGAACCAUAUUAAUUAUAUAAGCCUAUGUUAAAUAUUUAAGAAUAAUAAAUAGAGAAUUAAGGAUAACCAUUUAUAUAAGUAGAAAAUAUGUGGAAGAAGUUGGAUAAUCAAUAUAUUUUAAAAUCUUUGAAUAUAGAAAUAUAUUAAAACGAGAUUUAUUGUUUAUUAGGUCCAAAUGGAGCAGGAAAAUCAACAUUAAUGAAUAUAUUAUCUGGUAUGAUUGAAAAGACAAAAGGAAAAAUCAAUAUAUUAGGAUAGAGUAUUGAAAAUAGACAUUUUAAGAAUUAAAUAGGAAUUUGUUUAUAAAAAGAUAUUUUAUAUCCAGAAUUAAAUGUUUAUGAACAUUUAAAAUUUUAUGGUAAAUUAAGAGAUAUAAUGGAUUAAGAAUUAUAAUAAUAAAUAAAUUAUAUUUUAUAGAUAUGUCAAUUAACAAAUGAAUCUAAUUUAAAAUCAUUUUAAUUAAGCGGUGGAAAUAAAAGAAAAUUAUGUUUAGCAAUAUCUUUAAUUGGGAAUUCAAAAAUAAUAUUUUUAGAUGAACCAUCAUCAGGAAUGGAUGCUUUAACAAGAUAAUAAAUUUGGGAAGUUAUAAAAUAAAUGAGAUUGAAUAGAUCAAUAAUAAUGACAACUCAUCAUAUGGAAGAGGCAGAUGAAUUAGCUUCAAGAGUUGGUAUAUUAAUAAAUGGAUAAAUUGUAACUUAAGGUACUCCUGAUUUUAUUAAACUUAAUUUUGGAGUUGGUUAUCAUUUACAAAUGGACUUUUAAGAUUAAAAUUAAUUAUUAUAAGAGAAAUCUAGAAUAUAAGCUUAGCUCUAAAAAAUAGAUAGUUAUACUCCAAUUAUAUAGUGUGCACCUACUUCUCUUAAAAGUGUUUUACCAGUAAGUAAAAUACAUUAAUUCCAUGAACUUUUAAAUUAUUUAGAAUAGAAUUCAUAAUGUAAAUUUUCACUACAAUUAAACUCUUUGGAAGAUUCAUAUCUUGCAAUAGAUUAUUAAUAUGGCACUUAAAAUAUAGAUUUAAAUGCUUAAAGAGUAUUUUAAUAAAGACCUUAGAUCAAUUUCAAAGAUCAAUUUAUAGGAUUAUCAUAGCGAAAACUAUUAAUUUUAAUAAGUUCUACAGAUAAAUAAAUUAGAUAUUUAUUGCCAUUCCCAUUAAUAUAUUUAGCUGUGAUAAUUGGAAUGCAUUCCUCAUUUUUAUUUGUGUUUAUGUAUUUGGGUAUAAAAGGACUCACAUCUACAUUAUAUAUAAUUAUUCAAUUAGAAGAUAAAGAUACUAAAAUUAAAUAAUAUAUGUUUGCAAGUGGAGUAUAAAUACUUACUUAUUGGCUUAGUGCUAUUAUAACUGAUUUAAUUCCAUCAUUUAUAGAAGGACUAUUUACAGCUAUAUUAUUAUAUAUAUAUAAUGUUGGACAUUUUGGAUAUCACUUUUUUGGAGUUUUCUUUAUAAUUACUAUUUUUGGAGUUUCUUUAAGUUGUUUUACAAAUUGUCUAUCAAUUUUAUAUAAAAAAUCAUAAGCCGUUUAUGUUGGAGUCCCAUUAAUAUAAUUUUUUGUAUUUUUCAUAUUAUUUUUCAUACUGAUGAUUUUCUUAGUUUAACCAGAAAAUCCAACAGGAUUAAAUAUGAUAGCAAUGUUGUUAAUGAUUAUUUCACCUUUUACAGCUUGUUAUAUGGGUUUAGCUAUGAGUCCAAUCUUAUUAAAUAUAGCUAUAUUUAGUUAUUUUUCAUGCAUUCUCUUUUUAAUAUUAGGAGGUACUAUUUACUUUUUAAUCUUAUAUUCAUCAGAUAAAAAUAGAUUAAAAUAAAUAUAAGUCAAUAUGGAUGAUACAGAUGCUAUAGUAGAUGUGUAAAAUUUAACAAAAAAAUAUGGUGAAAUAGAAACAGUUCAUAAAUUAUCAUUCUAAAUAAAUUCUAAAGAAAUAUAUGGAUUAUUAGGUCCAAAUGGUGCUGGAAAAUCAACUACUUUUAAUAUGAUAAGUAAAUUUGAGUAGCCAACAACAGGAUAAGUAAGAAUAAGAGAUAUUGAAACAAAUCUUGGUUUAGUUCCAUAGUUUUGUCCAUUCAAUUCUACAUUAACUAUAUAUCAACAUCUCAAUAUUUAUGGAAUAUUAAAAGGUUAAUAAAAUUUAAAAAAUUCAAUUGAAAUAUAUCUAAAGGCUCUUGAUAUGUAUGAGAUCAAAGAUAGAUAAGUCAAAUUCUUAAGUGGAGGUGAAAGAAGAAAAGUCUAAUUAGGUAUUGCCUUGAUUGGAGGAUCUAAUCGAUUAUUUAUGGAUGAACCUACAACUGGAUUAGAUCCUAAAUCUAGAAGAAUUAUUCAAUAGAUGUUAUUAUAAUCUACGAUUAACAAUGAUGCAUCUAUUCUUUUAACUACACAUUCAUUAUAAGAAGCUUAAAGUAUAUGUAAUAGAAUUGGUAUCAUGGUUAAUGGAUUCUUAAUCACUUCAGGAACCUUAAAUGAAUUAAGAACUUAAUUAGGUGAAUAAGCUAGAUUUAGUGUUAAAUGCAAUAUAGGUAGAAAAGAAUAAGUUCAUCAAACUAUAUGGUUAUAACUCUCUCAGCAAUUUUAAUUAUAGCCCAUCUUUGAAUAUAGAGAUAAGUAUAAUAUUUCAACUAUUUAUUAGUUAUUUAUCAUACUAGAUUCCAGCUGGCCAUUUCAAAUUAUCUUUAUUAUUUUAAUACUUAUAAGUAGAACUUAAAUAAAAAUAACUCUUGAUUACUGAAUUUUCAAUUUAUUAACCAAGUUUAGAAUAAAUCUUUGCCUUCUUUGCUUCCUAGUAAAUUAUGGGCCUAAAUUAAAAUUUCUUAAAUGAUAAUGCCAAUAAUCAGUUUGACUUAGGAGAUCGACUUAGAGCUAUCAUGGCAUUGUUUUGUAUAUUUUGGUGA